AUGAUUCCCCUUCUCAUUUUUGCCGCCCUCGCGGUCGUCUUGCGUCUCCUUUGGUCCAUCGUUACCAGUUUUCGUCAUGCUCAAAAUGCUCGCAAGUGGCACUGCGGUGCGAUCCCCACCUAUCCGGGUGAUAUACUCGGCAUCAACACGUUGAAGGAAGUUCUGCGCGCCGACAAGGAGAAACUCAUCCCCAUGUUGUCGGCGCGGCGCGUCGAGACGAUGACAGCCCGUGAAGGAAGAUACGUCACGACCUUCCGCUUCCGCCAGAUGGGAAGGGAGAGCGUCUUUACUUCUGACCCGAAAAAUAUGCAAGCCAUUCUGGCUACACAGUUCAAGGACUUCGAGCUCGGGAUUGCCAGAAGAAAUACCAUGCAUCCGUUGUUGGGACCCGGCAUCUUCUCAGCAGACGGCGAAGCCUGGUCGCGAUCGCGAUCCCUGCUCCGCCCGCAAUUCACCCGCGACCAAGUCAGCGACCUCGAUCUCGAAGAACGCCACGUCCAAAAAGCCAUGGCCGGCAUGCUCGCUGACCCGUCCACCAAAUGGACUCCCGAAAUCGACAUCCAGACCAUCUUCUUCCGACUGACCAUCGACUCUGCCACGGAAUUCCUCUUCGGCGAGAGCGUCGAAAGCCAAACCGCCGCACUAAGCGGUGGUAAAAUCAUCGAGGACAAAUUUCCCUUCUACUUCGACCGCGGCCAGUGGUACGCCGCGCAGCGCUCGCGCUUCGAAAAACUCUACUGGAUAGUCAACAACAAAGAAAGCCGCGAAACCGAGCGCUUCGUGCACGCGUACGUCGACCGCUUCGUCGACGACGCACUUGCCGCUGUAAAAGAAGGCAAAAUCAACCCCGAAAAGGGCAGCUCGGACCACUACGUCUUCCUCCACGGCCUGACUGCCGCCACGCAGGACCCAGUCGAACUCCGCUCCCAACUCCUCAACAUCCUCCUCGCGGGCAGAGAUACCACCGCUUCGCUGCUAAGCUGGUGCGUUCUCCUCCUCGCGCGCCAUCCGGAUAUCUUCCAGAAACUCCGCAACACUAUCCUGGCCGACUUUGGCAGCUAUGAAAACCCAAAGAACAUCACCUUCGCUUCGCUCAAAUCCUGCCGUUAUCUCCACUACUUCAUGAACGAGGUCCUCCGUCUCUACCCCAUUGUGCCGGGGAACCGUCGCAUCGCGGCGAAGGAUACCACCCUGCCCCGCGGCGGAGGCCCGGACGGUUCUGAACCUGUGUACGUCCGCAAGGGCCAGCCGGUCGUGUAUAGCGUAUUUGUCACACACCGACGGAAGGACAUCUGGGGCGCGGACGCGGAGGUGUUCAAUCCGGACCGCUGGGAGGACCGGAAGGUCGGGUGGGAGUAUUUGCCGUUCAACGGAGGUCCCAGAAUCUGUAUCGGGCAGCAGUUCGCGCUUACGGAGCUGGGUAUGUGCUUGUGCGGCUUCUGCAGAGGUUUGAUCGGAUCGUGGAUGCCAGGCCGGACAACGAGAUCCGGUUUAAUGCGACGCUUACCAGUGCGCCGUGGGAGAAUGUGGUUGUUAGGUUGA